AUGGGGGACUCAGCACAAGAGAAACAAAAAUGUGCAGAACAACUAACAAAUACUGCAACAUGUUUGCCAUAUCUUGGUGGUGAUGCAAAAGCUCCCACAUCAGAUUGUUGCAGUGGCCUCAUAGAAUCCUUAAAGAACAACAAAAAAUGUGUCUGUCUUAUCCUCAAAGACAGGGAUGAUCCUGACCUUGGAUUGAAGAUCAAUAUCACACUUGCACUUGGUCUCCCUUCUCUUUGCAAAGCUUCUGACAAUUUCUCACAGUGCCCUGGUUGCUCAACGUACACUUCUUCUUCUAAAGUGCCAUUUAGAAAUGCUGACUUAAAAUUCAUCUGA